AUGGAUGAAUGGACAAGCAAAUUGAUGAAAGAAAACAAUAACAAUAAUUAUGUAGGUCAAGUGCGAGCCGGCUCACCGCCAAUCAGAAGCCAGAUGUGCCAGCCACGUGACUCGGGCGUGCAGGGCGGAAGGGUGCACAAAAGGUUCCGUGCCAUUGAAAUUGUUUCCUUCAGCAACCAACGACCUUCGCUGAACUUCAAAAAAAUGAGGACACAAACAUGCCUGUCUGGUGUGGCAAUAAAACUGAAUUAUCGCUCACAUCUGGGCAUAGGAAUUGAAAUUCCUAAGUAUAUACAAUGCUCUUUUUCGCUUUUGGAGAGACGCACACUGCAUGGAGGUUGUACGUGUGUUUUCUUUGGGGCGUGCAAUCAAGUCCUAAUUUAUGAAAAAAGCAAUCCGAUCGAAUUGUUUCCUUGUAUCAUUGUAUCUCUGAACCUAUCUGAAUUCGAUUUCAGAACAAACAAGUUGGAAUGGCCGUUCAAUGAUGUAAGUCCAUGUUCUUCAGUGGAGUGA